AUGGCAUCCUCGGAGACGGCGCCCUUGCUCCGUCAGGAAUCGACUACCUCGUACGAGCCCGACGAAGAACAUGAAGAAACCGCAGUACCUCGAAGCACAUUUGCUCGCAAUCUCGGCGCACUGGACGGCUUUGCUCUACUGAUAAGCAUCGUUAUCGGAUCUGGCGUCUUUUCAUCUCCUGGCCCUAUCGACGCAAACGUCCCAUCGCCUGGUGCUGGUCUUCUCGUAUGGCUUGUCGGAGGUAUCCUUGCUUGGACGGGUGCGCUCACCAUGGCCGAGCUGGGGACUGCGUUUCCUGGCGAGGGCGGCAUCCAACCGUACCUUACUUACAUCUACGGCGAUGUGUUUGGGUACAUGGCGGCUUGGUCUUGGGUAGUUGCAACUAUGCCAGCCACCCUUGCGAUUCUCAGUAUUGUAUUCGUUGAGUCUAUAUACUCCAGCUUGGGUAUCAACGAGCCUGAUCCGCCCUUGACUCAUAAGCUGUUGUCUCUGCUUGUUUUGGUCUGUGUUACGACUCUCAACUCCAUCAGCACCAAGACGAGCACUCGGUUGUCGAGCUUCUUUGUCGCCAUAAAGCUGCUCACAAUCUUUCUUCUCAUAGUUGCUGGGUUGGUUGUCGUCUUUGUUUUCCUCGGAAAAAGCAAGGACCUAGGCGGGGGUGAUUGGCAUCAGAACAACUGGUUUUCGCCACGCGAUACAGUACUGCCUGAUGGUUCGCGAUUUGACUGGACCAAGGUGACUACGUGGGAAUCACUGGGAUUUUACAGCACAGCGCUGUACGGGGCUCUAUGGGCGUACUCUGGGUGGGACAAGGCCAAUUAUGUUGCAGCUGAGCUUCGCAAUCCCAGCCGCCAGCUGCCACUUUCCAUUAACACUGCUAUUCCAACCAUCAUUCUUUGCUACGUAGCGGCCAAUGCUGUUUACUAUGUUCUGCUUCCAUGGGAAGUGGUGUCAACAACUGACGCUGCCGCGGUGACGGCUGUCACACAUUUUCUAGGAAAGGGUGUAGCAUACUUUGCUACCGUUCUGAUAUGUCUAGUCAUUGCCGGUUCUGCACUUGGCAACUCUUUUGUUGCUGGAAGAAUGACUGUAGCGGCGGCUAACAACAACUGGUUCCCAUAUAUCCUUGGUACCGUCGGACAUAUCGGCACAUUGAAAGUCCUAAGCGAUACCGAGGAAAGUGAACCAGCAGACCUUGCAAUGGACAACGGAGAGUCGCCAAUCAACGCACUGAUUCUCAACACCGUCCUCUCUGCAAUUUACAUAUUGCUCGGAAACAUGCGUAUCUUGCUCACACUCAAUGGUCUUGCUGAGUAUGCAUUCUUCUUCCUCACAGUCCUUGGCGCAAUAAUUCUGCGCUUCCGGGAACCAGAGCUCCCUCGACCUGUCAAACCCCUGAUCCUCGUACCUAUUAUAUUUGCUGUGAUCAGUGGGUUUGUUGUCAUUCGCGGCGCUGUCUUUGCACCCAUACAAGCUAUUGUUCUUGUUGCCAUAUGGUGUAUUGGCCUCGUGUUUUACUACCUGAGGCUAUGGUUUCUAAAUAGAAGAUAA